AUGAAUCCUAUUCCAUUUCUUUUUUGGAUUACUGUAGUUUCUGGUAUUAUUAUCGGAGACGGGGGCAGUUAUUCUGGCUCCCAGUCGUCGUCGUCUGAAGAAGAUCAUCAUGGCGGUUACGGUGGCGGCCAUGGUGGUCGACCACCCCGGCCGCCCGUCGUGUCAUCCAGAUGUCCAGAUGGUUGGACGCGAUUCGACAGGCCACAAGGACCGUGGUGUAUUAAGGUAUUCUACGCUUGGCAGAACUAUCUAACUGGUGUGUCGUUUUGUGCAACUAUGGGUGCAAACGUGAGUGGCUAUCAGAACGCAGAGGAAAGAAUGUUUGUGGCUAACACCGGUCGUACGCUAAAAGCCCAACAGGGAGGCGAAUUGCUUGGCGAAGUUUGGGUGGGUGCCAUUCGCAACCCCGCGUGCUCGGCUCCUGGCUAUUGUUCCCCAAAUGACCAGUUCCAGUGGACUGAUGGCCAUACAACUGGAAGUGAUGGAAUUUUAUGGGGUCCCGGCGAGCCGAACGUGAUUCAUCCGCAUGAUAAAGUAACCCAAGAUUGUCUAGUCAUGCACACAUCUGCUGCUGAUGGUCAGAUCGCUAGAUGGAAUUUUGGGCACGGGCAAAUGGACGACUCGCUUUGUUGGUACGGUUGGACACUGAUUGCUUGUGGGAAGAGACCAGAGCCAAGAUGA